UGGUCUUUAAAUUGCGAUAGUUCAAUCCUGAUAAUUCUCGAACGUAGGAAAAGGAGGCUAGUCAUAACAUUAUUGUACAGAAUCAAUAGAACACCCUGGUAAAUGUCUGUGCUAUUGUGCGGCUUACAUUCAUUAAGCAAUCUAAAUAGUUUGAAGAAAUUGUGCUUCAAUUUGGUAGCUGUAUCAAAGGUUCAUAUGCGUAGAAUGUCACAGCUAUCAUCGCAAAACCUGGUCUGGAUGGAUUUGGAAAUGACGGGCCUGGAAGUGGAUAAGGAUCGUAUCUUGGAGAUCGCGUGCAUUGUAACCGACAGCAAGCUGAACAUUAUAGCGAAGGGGCCAAAUCUAAUCAUAAAUGAGCCUGACUCCGUUUUGAAUACAAUGAACAGUUGGUGCAAGGAACACCACGCAAAGUCUGGAUUGAUAGAAGCUGUGAAAAAAUCGACCUGCACGCUAGAGCAAGCAGAACAACAAGUUCUGGAUUUCGUUAAGCAGUACUGUCCGGAGCGAAGCUGCCCGAUGACCGGAAACAGCAUUUACAUGGAUCGGUUAUUCCUGAUGAAAUAUAUGCCAACUUUGAAUGAAUAUCUUCAUUAUCGUGUGAUCGAUGUGAGCACAGUGAAGGAACUGAGCAAACGAUGGAAUGGUGAAGUCUAUAAGGCAACUCCUCCGAAAAUUUGCGCUCACCGAGCAUUAGCUGAUAUCGAAGAAAGCAUUAAAGAAAUGAAAUAUUAUAAGGAUACGUUUUUUAAAUCCGACGAUGAAGCUAAUCCAUGAAAAAAGGCAAACGUGAUAAUGUCAGCUUGGUUAAAAUGUUUUCACAAUGACUAUAAAAUAUGUUCCGAGACCAAUGCACAAACAUACAAAUGAGCUUGGCUGGAAUACAAAUGAGAGCUACAAGUCGGAAUGGAA